AUGGCAGAAAGUGUUAAGCCAUCGAUGCCUAAAACUGAAAGUGCAAAAGAAUUUAUGCAAAAGAUUAAAGAGUAUUCUCAGUCGGAUCUGGUUGACAAGUCGAUUGUAGGAAGUCUCAUGAGCGAACUGACCACGAAAAAGUUUGACUGGGCACAUCCUAUUCAUGAUCAUGUGACAAACAUGUCUAAUAUGGUGGCAAAGUUGAAAGCUAUGGGAAUGGAUGUUAAUGAGAUAUUUCUGGUCCAAUUCAUCAUGAACUCUCUCCCUGUUGAGUUUGGUCAGUUCCAAGUAAAUUAUAACACCAUCAAAGAAAAAUGUAACUUUAGGGAAUUGAAGGUCAUGCUCAUACAGGAGGAAAGGAGAUUAAAGAAGGUGAAAGAACAUUUUGUCCAUCUUACAGUUCAAACUAAUGCCGACAACAAUAUAAUAAAACCAGAGAAGAAUGACAAAAAGAAGGAUUCCAAUAAAAGAUAA